GGUUGAGCCAGUCAUAAUAUUUUUGAUCAACUUGCUGGAGACAAAUCUGCCUUUUCCAAAUCCACACUUCUACUAGAACCCUACAGCUAUGAUUUCAAUUGGAGGCCUCACAGGAUUUUGGAUAAUUGCACUGCUGACUCUUCAUGGUGCCGAUGUGGCAGAGACCCACAGAAACUCUUUAAACGAGCCUGACGUCCCUUUCCCGCCUGCCCGCCCCACGGCUCAGAACCUGGCUGCCAUUUGCUAUUACAGUCAGGGUCGUCCCAGAUACCUAGCCAGCUUCUUCCUGAAGUCCGGUGCCAGCUUCUUCCGCCGCUGUGGAGACGCCAUCAACCGUCUGGAGUCGUGGUACAGUUUGUGCUGCAGUGGGCAAGUAGAAGUGCAGAGCUACCAGAUCCUCUGCUGCACCCAACAAGCUUGGAAACAAGCCCUGUCCCAGUUCUGUAUGGAAGAAUAUGCCACCAUGACUCUUCCAUAUGAGUGCUGUGCAAAAACAGGAGAAGUGCGGUGGAAGUGCUUCGACAGCCAGCUGCCAAACCCAAACUAUGAACCAAUCCCAGGCUACACUGCACCCCUAGUCCCCCAGGAGCCAGGAUUCAUCUUCAAUGCCAAUGCUUGUUAAAGGUAGAAAACGAUCACAGAUGGUCAGAGAAGGACAGGACAUGCUGAUUGUGUUAAUACAGGAUGAUAACAGCUGAAGUCGGUGAUUAUUUUGACAGCUCUGUAUUUUAACCACUUGUUCACUGUUAUAACUCAAAUAAAUUGUGUCCUGAGUGGAUUUCAUAGUUUGCUGUAGUAUUCUUUUAGAGAAAUAAAAGUGAAAUAAAUACAUGAAAGUUCUGUUGUCACUCAACAAGCUAUAUUCACAUAACUAUAGAGAAACAUCACAUUGGCUGCUUCAAAUAAGAAAAAGGUUGAUCAUUAAGAAAAGUUUGACUGUCCUGCUUAGUCUGAAUAGCAAAGUGUAAAAGUCAUAAAUAAACAUUUAAAA